AUGUCCGAACCGGUUCCGGUCAUCGGCGCCAAUAUCAUCUCCACGGACUAUCCGCCUAUGAUCUCCGACUACAUUCUACUUGCGCUACAAAUUCUUCGAUUUCUUCCCAAAUUUGCUGCGACGAUCCUUAACCAACGCAUCUCAGCCUUCAUCCAUAAGCGCACAUACAAAACUCUUCCAACUGAUCAACUCAAGAAUGUGGUGGUCAUCGGCGGUUCUUUCGGCGGAUAUCAAGCGGUGAAGAGGCUGACGGAGACGCUACCGACGGGGUACCGGGUGAUAUUGGUGGAAAAGAACUCUCAUCUUAACUACGUCUUUGCUUUCCCGCGAUUCAGCGUGGUGAAAGGACACGAGCAAGAUGCUUUCAUUCCUUACACUGGCCUCUCGAAGGGCGCAUCAGAGGGCAUAUUCCAUCACGUGCAGGAUACCGCGACACAAGUCACUGAACGCUUUGUGGAGCUUAAGAGCGGAGAGAAGCUAGAAUACGCAUAUGCAGUCAUCGCCACAGGGACGUCGUCCAAGCUUCCCAGCAAAGUUGCUUCCACUGAAAAAGAAAACGCACGAGCCGAGUUGAGGGGAAUGCAAGACAAGAUUCAGGAAGCGCGAAGAAUUGCGAUUGUUGGAGGAGGCGCAGUGGGCGUGGAACUGGCGAGCGAUACCAAGGACUUCUAUCCCGAGAAAGAGGUUACGCUCAUCCAUUCGCGCGCGCAGUUGCUGAAUACUUUCGGCCCGAGACUUCACAAUCAUGUUGCGAAGACACUGACAGACAUGGAUAUCACACUACGCUUGAGCGAACGUCCAAACAUCGCAUCACAGAGCAAGAUAUUGCAGUUCGCGAGCGGAGAAGAACAGGAAUACGAUCUCAUCAUCCCUUGCACCGGCCAACGACCAAACUCCGCCAUCAUCGCCGCACUAUCUCCAGCUUCCAUCUCGAAAGAAACUUCCCACGUGCAAGUGAAACCUUCACUCCAAAUUCUAGAUGACCGCUUCCCCCAAAUCUUUUCAUUGGGCGACGUCGCAGCAACAGGAGGACCCAAGAUGGCGCGUGCAGCCUUCUUCCAGGCCGAAGUCGUUAUAGGAAACAUACAAAAGCUUAUCAAAGGGAAGCCAGAUCUCAGCGUGUAUAGACCGAAUGUGGCGUUCGAAGGGUCGAUAAAAUUGACGCUGGGGAAGACUCGAUUGGCAUUCUACUCACAGGGUAACAAUGGCAGAGAGAUGCUUGUGCCGUCAAAUAUGGGACAUGAGGACGGGGACGUGAAGAAGCAGUGGGCUUUCUUUGGCGCGAAUGCGAAAGAGCUUGAAAGGACGAAAGAGAGCAGUUGA